UAUCUCCGAGGAAGGAGAAAAAGAAAAGAAAUACUCAACCAACUUUUCCAUCGUAAAUAAAUAAAUGGAAUACACUCCGCCAUUUCCAAAUUACAAAAAAUACCUGUCACUAAAAUCAACACCCGAUUUCUAAACUCCUUCAAUCGGAAUGACGACAACAUAUACCCCACCAUUCUCUGCUCAUGUGCUGAUAAUUUCCACUGCAGUAAUGGUGGCUGCCACCGCUUUUCAGUUCAAAGUCGGCGACGAAAUGGGUUGGCAACUUCCUCCGACCAACGACUCUGAAUUCUACGAUUAUUGGGCCUCCAUCAACCGAUUUCAAAUUGGAGAUUCUCUCUCUUUUGAAUACAAGAAUGAUUCAGUUCUAAUGGUUGAAAAAUGGGAUUAUUAUCACUGCAAUUCAAGUGACCCAAUUUUGGGUUUUAAUAACGGGAAAGGCGUUAUAAAACUAAACAGGGUAGGCGCUUUUUACUUCAUCAGUGGCUUUUCCGAUCACUGCAGAAGCGGCCAACGCCUCCUUGUUCGAGUCAUGUUGCCGCAUGAUCUCAUCGUUGCCUCCCCGCCGCAAUCUACUGUCGACGAUGCUCCUUCGCCCUCGUUCACCAAUGAUGGAGCUUCUCUUCCGGUCACUGCGCCGGUGGUGUACAUCUUCCCCAUGGCUGCCAUUGUCGGAAUGUUGCUGAUCUCUGAUCCUCUUAAUUAAUUACCCUACUGCUUGUUGUUUGGUUUUGUUGGUUACUGUUUCAUUGCUUAUUGUUUUGAUUUAUUGUUUUUGUUAUUGUUGGUAACUGGUAUGCGAUUCAUCAUGUGUUCUUUUAACUGUUCGAUGUAAUUUGCCAUUUCUAAUUAGUCCACAUAGAGAACUUUAACAUGACUUUUUGAAUAUGUCGAGGAAGUUUUCUUGCGAAAUACAUUCAAAGAGUAUGUAAAUGUCAUUUCUAAUUUAGAUGUAUAUAUUAAGGGUUCAUUUGAUA